GCUAGUCAGACUAACAAGUUGGAAAAUCCAGAAAGCAAGCAACGUGGAUCGUUCCUUUUCAAGUAAAUACGAAAAAGGCUACCAAAAUGGAAAUGGAUUACUAUCUGCCAGUGUAUAACGGAUCAAAUUCGGUGGACGUGCCGGGGCUGAUUGAAAGUCUCAAGCUGAAGGAAACCAGUAUAUCGCCAAUCGUGCUGGAUCGCUAUCCGCCGUACUCCCCGUUCUAUGGCGUGAUGGGCGUCGUAUUCUCCAGUGUGCUGACCUCCGCUGGAGCGGCCUACGGAACUGCUGUUUCCGGAACUGGAAUCGCCGCCACAGCGGUGAUGCGUCCCGAGCUGGUGAUGAAGUCCAUCAUUCCGGUGGUCAUGGCGGGCAUCAUUGCCAUAUACGGUCUGGUGGUAUCCGUGCUCCUAUCUGGGGAACUAGCGCCUGCUCCCAAAUACUCGCUGCCCACCGGCUAUGUACACCUGGCCGCUGGACUUUCGGUGGGAUUUGCUGGACUGGCUGCCGGAUAUGCAGUGGGUGAAGUCGGCGAAGUGGGCGUGCGGCACAUUGCCCUGCAGCCACGCCUCUUUAUCGGCAUGAUCCUGAUCCUUAUUUUCGCCGAGGUGCUCGGUCUCUACGGCCUGAUCAUUGGGAUUUAUUUGUACACGGUCAACAUUAAGUAGCAGAAUUUGUUAUAUCUAAAAUAUUUAAUUCGUUAAGAAACGUUUUUAUCGAUCUUU